UAAUAAAACGAGACUCCAGCGCGCCUGUUUUUGGAACCCCCGAUGUUGUUUUGGCGCGAAGUCCCCAUCUCCUUCUCAGCUCCCAGAGUACUGCGCCCUCUACAGGCUCUACUCUCGGUAGACGCUUGCGGCUGAUGCCUUGGAAGUCGGAAGAACCGCCUGUUCGACGAUGACGAGCUUAUUAGGGUUUCGCCGUCCUCAAUUCUCAGAGGAGGUAGCGUGGCUUCCUGCUUGGCUUCAGCAACACGACGAUGGUGAACCAACGGAUUAUGAGCAGCACAUCAUUGGACUCGGAGGAGGAGGAGAAACUACUCUCGAGCUCGAGAGGGGGUUUACGACUGGAAAUACCGCGGAUCUGUCUUCAAGAGAUGAAGGUAGAUAUAAGAGUUGCCACUUGUUCUUAUCAGGGGAAGACAAUUCACCUGCUAGUUUUGCUCCAUCUUCUGGAAAUCAGGUGGUGAACUUUCAUCUUCAUUUAUCUGCGGAUGGUACCUCACAAAAUACACCAAGUUCACCUUUGGACACAUCUCAGGCAGGUAGGAUAGCCUCACAUAAUUAUUUAACUGUGCAGCAAACUGAUGUGUCAGCUUGUCAAGAAGUUAUGGACUAUCAAUUCACAAUGGGUUAUAAUGUUGGUGGGAAACAUUUUCCACCUUUCACGUCCCAGCAGGAAACACUUGACCAUAUUUGUCCUCAAUCUGUCUCAAAGGACAAAGAUGCCAAGACGAAUUGUGAAGAAGAUGAUGGAUAUCACAUGGUUUGUGACAUCAAUAAUGCUGUUGAACUCUCAAUUGCAGCAUCUGAAGCUCUUGUCAUAAAUGACAUGCUAAAGAGUCCAUCAUCUACAGAAUCUUUGGCAGCUGCAGCUGUACUUGAAGUUGCUCUUCGGGUGAAGCAAGCACGCUUGCAGUGUUUGAAAGACUGCUUCCACUUCUCCACAGAGGAUAUGGAUGAAACAGAUUUGCUAUCUGGUGAUGAUUUGCAUAUGGCUGAUGCAUAUGGAGAUGCGGGCUUGACUAUUAGUAAUGUUGAUGAUCGGCAUGCUUGUGCCUCUGUCACAUCUCAAGUAAAAGAUACACCUAGUUCACAAAAUCAUAAUGGAGGUGAUGACAAGUACAAACAUGAAUGCCAUGGGCCUCCAAAUGUUGUUUGUGAUGAUAUUCCAGGAAAACAACAGUCAACAUAUUUCUUGGACAUGGAAAAAGGAGAGCAAGACUUGCCAGUAGAAGAUACUGAUUUUGGCAGGCAAAGGAAAUGGGUAGAUGAUCUAACUUCUGAUUCAGACGCCUCCGUUGUGGCAUCUCACUGUGACUCCUUACUGCAUGAUCCAUUUCUGGCAAAUUCUUAUGUUCCAGCAACAACAGAGGGAGUGGACUUUGCCAUCGAGAACAUGACUUCAUUUCCGUCUCAAGCAAAAUCCAAUAGUUCUCAGCAGGCGUGGAAUUAUGUGAAUAAUGAGACAGAUGAUAAACUAACACCUGUAGGCCCCGACAGGUUUCAGAGCCGUUGGUUAGGUGGUUGGGUGUGGAAGAAGGAAAUAAAUGCUUCUGUGCAUGUGGAACAUGAAAAUGCUAAGACGGUUUCUAGAUUUUUGGUUGGUGAGACAAGCUAUCUCUCGGAAUCCGCUGAUAUUGCUCCAGAUGAAAACUCAUUCAUGCAGAAACAGGAUAAAGGGUUUCGCGUGGAUUCACAAGCAAGCAUACCUUUCGCAGGUUUACAUUGCAGACCUGAUGAGAGUACAUUGUUUUCUCUGGAUGUCGUGAGGUCCCCUAGUUUAUCUGCUGUGGAUCCUCUUUGUUCUGUUGUUCCAUGCAGUAUUUCUUCAGAAAAUGCAUGUUCUACUCUUGCUGAUAAACCAAAUCAUGACCUAGAUGCUGAAGACUGCUACAGGCCUGAGUCAGAAUAUUGCAUUGUUAAUUUUCAGAGAACCUCAGGUCUGAACCCAGAAUGUGUAGGUGAGGAACGGGAAAUUGUCUCAGUAGUUAAUGGUGAAGAUUCUCAGCCCACUAUUCGCAGGCAGUUGAACUCACUUAGAAGUUAUAGCAUGCUAUUGCCUCACUGUGGUGCCUUUGUCGAGAAUGAUAAUACUUAUCGUAAUCGCUCAUUCCCGUCAGAAUGCAUUUCGGGGUUUCUUUCUGCUGAGCACAAUAUGGGCUGCAAGAGGGAUUCAACAGGACUACCAUCUUUGAAAUCCAUGCAAAAAUGUAGUACUGCUAGACAGAUUGAGGAAAAUCCUGAACCUUUGGUUGUACAGAAUUUAGUCACAGAUUCUAUGAAUCAGGACAGAAACUGUCAUGAAACUGCAAAUAAUGGGACUGGGUUGCAGGUUCACAUGGAGAAAUUUAGAUGCUCACCUCUUAUUUUGAACCGAGGUAGGCGUAGCCGUUUUCAGGCUUCUAAGAAAUUUGCAUGUGAUAUCAGUGGGGCAGAAAAUCAAAAGUCAGUGGAACGGAAGGGUGAUGUUGGGCAACAUGGGAAGAACCUUCAAGAAGUGGAGUUUAAGUGCAAAGUUGCUUGUGAUACUGAGGUUCCACCAGGAAAACGAGUUCGUUUCUCAUCUACUGAAAUUCAACUUCUGCCGAAGAACAAUCUCCAAACGCUGAAACUGUCAAACAGAGGUUCAGUUACAAGAGCUGGUAAAAGGUUGAGAUAUUCCAAGCCAAAGUGUGUGUCUAUAGCUCCAGAACUCAAAAGGCAUCAAACAAAUUGUCUUGCCAAGCUUGCUAAGGGACUGAUAUUCAGAGAUAUUGAAUUCUUGCUUACAGGUUUUUCUAUUCAGAAGGAAAAAGAAUUGGAGGGAAUAAUUAGAAAAUAUGGUGGUAUAGUUCUCCGUGACAUUCCAUCUCCUCCAAAUUCAAGGGGCAAGAGAAUCUCAAGAUUUAAAUUCCAGCAGCUUCCCAUAGUUCUAUGUUUCAGAAAGCAGCUAGAAACAACCAAGUUCUUGUAUGGCUGUGCAGUGAAUGCCUACAUACUCAACAUUAGUUGGCUUACUGAUUCCAUAGCAGCUGGUUCUGCCUUACCUCCCGAUAAAUAUAUGGUUAUAGCUAAUCAUUUUGGCGAAAAGUACACGAGACUACGACGGCCAGUGUGCUGCAGUAACCAUAAUAGUAUCUUUGACAGAGUAGGCGUCAUGCUUCAGGGUAAGCACAGUUUCUGCACCAGACUAGCAAAAGUUGUCCAGCAUGGUGGUGGCCUGGUCUUUAAAACCCUUCAGUGGUUGGUCCAGAAUCUUGAUGCCAGCAAAAUUUCUGUCGGGGCUAUCGUCACUGAGGAUGAGAACAGGGCUUCGCGUCACCUGAAGUAUUGUGCUUCAGAGAGGAAGAUACCCAUGAUGCCUGCUAGCUGGAUUAUAAAUAGCUUACAUGCUGGGAAGCUUCUUCCUUUCUUGGAGAACAAGUAUUACUCUCCUCUGCCCACCAUCAACAUUUUAGAUUUUCCAUCCUCAUCGGCAUUGAGUGAAGAAAUAUGAAAUGCCUUCUCGCUGCUGCUGCUGCUGCUGUGGCUUAUGGUGCAUUCAAAGAACUAUUGGCACUUGUACAAUGGUAUGGUUUUCUUUUUCAUUUAGCGAAAAAACCAUAUAAGGAGACAUUUCAAAGGUAAUAUGCUUUUGUACUGUAUUUGAGAGAGUCCGGGGAUGUCCCCCAACUGUAUGAGUGUGAUGUGCGUGUUCGAGAGAUUAGUGAUUUGUAUUUUCUUAAUUUUAUAAAUGAAGAGUGUUUGAAAUUGUGUGAAA